AUGAGCACAGACGGUAGGCAUGUGAUUCAUUUUCAGCAAAGACUGCCUGUAAAUAUUUUUUUUCUUACUACUUUCCUUUCACAGUGGUACCUCGGGUUAAGUACUUAAUUCAAUCCCGAGGUCCGUACUUAACCUGAAACUGUUCUUAACCUGAAGCACCACUUUAGCUAAUGGGGCCUCCUGCUGCUGCCGUGCCGCCAGAGCAUGAUUUCUGUUCUCAUCCUGAAGCAAAGCUCUUAACCUGAAGCACUAUUUCUGGGUUAGCGGAGUCUGUAACCUGAAGCGUAUGUAACCCGAGGUACCACUGUACCACUAAUAACUGUGUCUCAUUUGGAUAAAAAAGUAUUAUCAUGCAGGAUUUGGGUUUUCAGUUUUUUGUUUUUGUUUUGUCUUGCACAGAGCUUAAUGUAACAGCAUGACAGAGCUGCACGAAGCUGUAGCAUUGGGCAAUUGUGACCUGGUGGGUGAGAUUCUCAAGACAGGGCUGUGUGACCCAAAUUGCAAAGAUAUUUAUUGGAGUGACAGAACACCACUGCACUGGGCUGCAGCAAAAGGUAAGUAAUAAAUCUCUUCUACUGCAUUCACAAAGAGGGUACUAAUCUCACAGAAAAGAACAGCAGAAUUCAGAAACAGAUAGAACAUUUCAGUCUCCUAAGAUUCUCUGCUGCUGACCUGACCUGAAAAGUGACAUUCUCCAAAGAAAGAAAUUCCAAAGGGAGGCUGCAGCAUGAAAUGUCUGAAUGACAGCUCGUUGAGAGGUUAGUUUCCGUCACAUAGGCCUUAUGUGAGUUGUUGGUUUCCUUUUCCACUAGGAGUAGGAAAUAACAUAAUAGUCUUAGGAUGACUGCACUAUGACCAAUUACUGCUUUUGUAAAUGGUCACUGUAUUUACUGAAUUGCCCCAAAUCUCAUCUGUUGCCUGUCUUGGCCAUUUGACAGCACUGCUUGCAAUUCUUGUCUUUUCAUGCGCAUGUCUACGCAUCAACACAGCAUUACGCUUUGUUCAUUUGAUGAAAUGGUUUUGAGCCAUGAAAGCUUAGCUUACAAUAAAUUGGUUCGUUUUAAAGGCUGGUGGGGGGAACGUGUGAGCCCUCCAGGUCUUUGACUCCAACUCCCAUCAGCCCCAGCCAGCCUGGUUGAGGGCCAGGAAUGGUGGGUGAGAGCCAGCAUGUGGGGAGCCACCAAUUAACACUCACACACACACACACACACACACACACACACACACACACCCUUAAGGUGCCACAGAGACUUGGGUGUAUUUGCAGCAACCGAGGCCGGCCCACUCACGAGGCAAGGGUGGCAGGAUCCACGGGGCAGCAGGUCCUGAUAGAGACCUUAAUUUUCUCCUCCACCCUUGUUCCUGUUGUACAUCUUCCCUCACCCUUCUUACCUGGCAGGGAGGGGGACACUAUUUUGUGAUUUGCCUCAGGUAGCAGGUGGCUGCAACUGGAACUUGUCUAUAAUGAAGAAAUUCCACUGUGAUCCAUUUCACCCACUUUGCUCCCAUCCUUGUAUUUCUACAGGGCACUCAAAGAUAAUAAAACUGCUUGUGGAGCAUGGUGCUCGCCUGUGCUUGAGAACUGAAGCAGGAUGGACGGCAGCUCAUUUUGGGGCUGAAUCAGGGAAACUAGGAGUGUUGAGAACCCUUCAUUCUCUGCAUGCGCCUAUUGAUGCUGCAGAUCUCUAUGGGGACACACCCAAGAGGAUCGCAGAGAUCUACGGACACAAAGAUUGUGUCACGUUCUUAGAGGUGUAAGUAUCAACAAAUUGUUAACAGAUAAAUCAAUUAUUAUUAGCUAGAUUUAUAUCCCACUCCUCAGCUGGUAGAGCAGAGAAACUACAACAUUCAAAAUAAUAUAAAAAAGUUGUUAUUUUAAAAAAUCAAGUUAAAAGAAUGCAAUUUAAAGCAGGGAUUAGUAUAAAAAUCAGAUUAAGAAGAUGAGGCUCUAAAAAUAACAGUGUUUGAGUGACAAUAAAGAGGCAGCCAAAUCCCCACUGGAAGGGGUAUUCCAAAGCUCCAGUACCACAACCUGUGCAGGUGCCUCAGGACCCCCAGGGGAGUUACGUGACGCUGCCCUGGCUGUGCAAGGCUGAAGGCGAGUGUCAAGGAGUCCUGGGGGGGUGCCAGCCAGGAGGACGGACUAACCAGGCAACCUGUAGGGGGGUGCAUUGCCAUGAGGGCUGGUUGGCCCAUAGUUAAGCCAGCUGUUGAUCCACACAGCUGUCCUGUUGGACUCCACUAUGCCUCUCUGGCCUGCGGGGGGGGGGGAGGCAGCCAGGUACGCUUGCCCCAGGCCUUGGAGGGCUAACCUGGCCAGGGCUCCUUUCAGCGCCCCCCCCUCCAGGCCUGCCGGACCUCUGCUGUCAUGCGAAGAGCAAGACUCGCACACCGGCCUCACAUAAGCUCUGCAAUGGCCUGCCUCCCCUUCCUGGCAUCCUAGAUCUGAACCAAGGAUUUUCUGUCCACCCCCACCCCAAACAGGGGCUUGUCCACACCAGAGCAAAAAGUAGAUCCCAACCCAUUGUUGUCCUGGACAAACAAAAUGUAACAUAGAAAUAAGUGGUUUGGGUUACUGAUUGAAAACAACCAAUCAGCACACUAAGAAUAUUAUAUUUUAUUGAAUAAAUAAAAGGUAAAGGUAGAGGGACCCCUGACCAUUAAGUCCAAUCAUGAUCGACUCUGGAGUUGCGGCGCUCAUGUCGCUUUACUGGCCGAGGGAGCCGGCAUACAGCUUCCAGGUCAUGUGGCCAGCAUGACUAAGCCGCUUCUGGCAAACCAAAGCAGCGCACGGAAAUGCCGUUUACCUUCCCACCGGAAUGGUACCUAUUUAUCUACUUGCACUUUGAUGUGCUUUCGAACUGCUAGGUUGGCAGGAGCAGGGACCGAGCAACGGGAGCUCACCCCGUCGCGGGGAUUCGAACCGCCGACCUUCUGAUCGGCAAGUCCUAGGCUCUGUGGUUUAACCCACAGUGCUACCCACGUCCCCUAUUGAAUAAAUAUGCCAUAUCAAUUCCAGAUGGCUUGAGAGGUUUUGUUGAAUUUGGUGGAGAUGACCGUCCUUUCUCUUUCAUCUAGGGCAGAGGUAGAGUGUAGGGAGUUCUGUCAGAGAGCAAAAUUAAAGGGGACUCAGCUGGACCUGGAGGAUGAAGAUUGGGAGCGUAAAAAGGCAGAACCUUUGAAAAAUAAAGCCUACACACAAAAGAAACUCACAAAAAAGCAUGUGGGGAAAGACAAUGAUCCAACUCCUAGAGUAAGUAAUGAGCAGAGCUCUACAGAUGCAGCCCAGCUGCCUUAGCUAAGUAACACGGACACCUUCCUUUUGAGCAGCGCUUACAGCAUCUUUUGGUUCGAUGCAAACCAUUUACUGGGCAUAUCUAGUAAAAAUUAGAGGUGAAACCGGAGCGGCUGGGGCAGGAUGCCAAGACGGUGGUGCCUGUGGUGGUGAUGUUUCAGACACAAGGUUUAUAUACUUAUGUAUGUGUUUGGCAUGUACAUUUAUGAACAUUUAUUUUAUAUUUUGGACCUUAGAAUUCUAACAACAGGAGAUAA